GGACAGAACACUUUGCUGCGAACCGAACCAGCGACCACUUGGCUUCCAGUGAGAACAGACAGCCAUAAUGGAACCCAAACCUCAGAAGAGUCCAGGCAAACAAUUUACAUUAUAUUAUGAAAAUGAAGUCUGCAAACAAGAUUACUUUAUUAAAUCACCACCUCCUCAGCUUUUCUUCUCUGCGACCUCUUGGAAAAAGCGGUUUUUCAUCCUGUCAAAGAGUGGGGAAAAGAGCUUUAGCCUUUCCUAUUACAAAGACCAUCAUUACCGAGGGUCUGUUGAAAUUGAUCGCAAUUCCAGUAUAGAAGUUGGCAUCAGUAGCCAAGAAAAAAUGCAAUCUGUACAGAAGAUGUUUAAAUGCCAUCCUGAUGAAGUGAUGUCCAUUAGGACCACUAACAGGGAAUACUUCCUCAUUGGCCAUGACAGGGAGAAGAUUAAAGACUGGGUCUCCUUCUUGUCAGCACUCUGCCGGGGUAUAAAAGCAGCGCACCAGAGUACAGAGGAGAAACUCUCAUUGGGUGAUAAAAGGCCCUCUUCCGACCCCAGCCCUCUCCUUGGUCCUUCCCGCAUGCCGGAGGCUGUGAGCACCGCUACACCAAGAAACAGUCUUCCAAACAUGCAUUUAAUGAAGAAAAGUCCUCCAGAACUCAGAGAAGCUCAUCUACCGCAGGCCUUCUUUUCAGAGACCCCUCAAGAUACAGAAGAAGAGAGUCAUUACGUUAAUCCUCGAAGUAUUCUUUUAGAGUUGGAUAAUAUUGCUGCCAAUGAUUCUGAUGAACCCGUUGAACCCAUUGCACCUGAUAGUCCGGACCAGGUCUCCAAGGCAGUAGAGCAUCAUUACAUGUCAAUGAAAUCCUGUGUUUUCAAGGAGACGUCCCAUGAGUCCACUGAUGGCAAGGAGGAAUCCAAGACCCUGGCAGGGAUCCAGAAUGGAGAGCUUCACCUGCAAGGACAAGGCUCAGAAACAGGCUCCAGUCUCUCGCCUACCAAUACGGAAGCGCAAAUCGCGAAUGACAAACGGGGAUCGGCCUCACUAAGUGUUGUGCAAUUGUCUAUACUAAUCAAUAACAUCUCUGAUGAAAGCCAAGUGGAGAAACUGAAUGUGUUCCUUUCUCCUCCUGACAUCAUCAACUAUCUAUCUCUCAGAGAAGCUGCAGGACGGAUAUGUGUGGCUCAGUGGGAUGGCCCUCCGCGCCUGGGAUGCUUAUUUUUUCAUGGAGAUCACCUUUUGGCUGUGAAUGACCUAAAGCCCCGGAGCCUGGAGGAGGGCUCCUUAUUUCUCUGCCGGUCCAUCCAGAGGGAGAAAGUAAAACUCACCAUCGGUCGGAUCCCAAAUUCAGAGAAAUUCCACUCAAUAGCCUGUACAUGCCACUUACAAGACCAAGGUGUUCAACCUCCCCAACUGGAUACGUCUGUACUGGAGAGGACACUGAAGAGGAGUCCAGCCAUUAAAAAGGGUCAGCAGAAAGGAUCUGAAGAGUAACGUGCUGGGGCCCACUGCUGCCGAGUGAAGGCGGGCCUGGACUCUGCACUGGGCUCUGCCCCUCACUGCUGUGUGAUAGCUGGCAAUCAGCACAUCUCUCUGAAUUUCUCCAUCUGCAUCUUAACAACGGGAAUAACCACCCCUUCUCUGGCUAUUGCAUCAGGGGUGUUGAGAGGCCCAAGUGGGAUAAUGACUGUGGGACACAGUGAAAAUG